CCUCUUAUUCAAAUUCCGUAAUAACGAACCUAUCUACUCCACCGCCUCUCUCAAAGUCGUCGUACUUCUUCUUUCCUCAUGGCGGUUUCCGUUCCCUUUAAAAACAAAACGCCACCUUCUCUCAACCUCUAUUUUCUUUCUUUGUUUUUUCCUCGCACACACUUUCUUGUACCUAUUCUCUAAUUCUUGUGUGUGUUCGUUUUUUCUUUUUUUCUUUCCCUCCUUUUUCUUUCUCUCCAAGUUUAUUUUACUGUUAUUAAAAAAUAUAAACAAUGAACUCAUAUCAAUUAUCUUUUCAUUAUCAAUAAUUCCUUUUAGUUUUUAGGUUACAUAACAUAAUCCUUUUUAACUUUUUAAUUUCGAUUAUAUUCAUGGAGCGACCAAUUCGAUAUUUACCAGAGAGAUCACCGCAUGAUUGCGCCGGCGAUGACGAAUCGGCGGUUUCCGAUUGCGAGAGUGUUGCUUCUGGCGGCCACGUUUCAGAGAGGCAUGUUCGGAAAACCGAUGGUGCUGAUAUGAACCUACUUCGGACUAGAUUCGUUUGCGGUUUGAGCACGCAAGGAUUGAAAGCCGAUGUGGUGUCGAUUCAGAGGAAUCCUUGUUCAUCUAUAAUGGCACAGGCGAGAAUUCAAUCGUUUCAGAUCUUCGCACGUGCGGUGGCGAAACUGCGCGGCGGAAAUGCGAACGUGAAGCAUGUUUGGUAUGGGGCUUCUAGUAGGGAAGAGAUUGGGGAUAUUAUUCAACACGGUUUUGGUCACGCUCAUAGUCAGGGUUUGCGUUUUUCUCCCAUUGAUUUGCCUCUUGAAAGUGUGAAAAGUUCUGUUGUUGAUAAAGACGGUUUGAGGCACUUGUUGCUGUGUCGUGUGAUUCUUGGAAAGAUGGAGGUUGUGCCAGCGGGUUCUGAACAAUGCCGACCGAGUUCUGAAGAGUAUGAUUCUGGGGUGGAUAGUUUUUCAUCUCCCAAAGAGUAUAUUGUUUGGAGUAACAUGAUCAACACGCAUGUGUUGCCUGAAUAUGUUUUGAGUUUCAAACUUGCUUCCAACAGAGGACAUGAGAAGGUUGGAGUUGGUGGGCAUUCUAUGAGACCGACUUCGCCUUGGAUGCCAUUCUCGGUCCUAAUUUCCGAGCUUUCCAAGAUGUUGCCUCCGUCUGAUAUUGUUUUCAUUGUCAAGAUUCACAAAGAGUAUAGAGAAAAGAAGAUUUCACGACAAGAAUUGACACAAAAGGUUAGACUAAUUGUGGGAGACAAGUUGCUGCUUUCUGUUAUCAAAUCUUUCAGAGCAAAGAAAAUGCCUGCAAGCUUUAAGCAAACCAAACCGGACAGCCAGCCGCGUGGAUGGAAUAAUUGUCCAUACAUACAAUAGAUAUUAAAGAAAUCGAAUAGAAUACUGGAGUUGACACAAUACUCGUACUAACACAACCUCACAUUGAGGAUGAAAACACAAGCAUGAGAACCAGGGUGACAUUUGUUUUCUGUUUUUGUUUGGGUGGUAUACGCAUUUUGUUUUAAUGUUAAUUGUACUAUAGUAGAAGGAAUUGAUUUCCCUUUCUAGUUAGUUACAAUUACUAGUUGGAAUAAUGUACUAGCGAAUAGGCUAAACCAUGACAUAUUGAGCUCUACUCCAAGUUGCAUUCUUUAAAAAUUCAAAUGUAAUUUCUGUUUCACUUA